AUGAAAAUCCAUGAUAUUAAUAUAUUAUUGUUUGCGCUUCCAUUAAAUAUAUUGGUAGGUUCCCCCCAAAAAAAUCCAUCCAUCAUAACAUGUCAUACACCAACCAAUAGAUCAUUAUGCGAAUGUGACCUAUAUAUGCCAGAUUAUGAUAAUUAUCCACAAAUGAAAAAAGUAAUACAACAAUUUGAGGAUCGUACAUCACAAAGGUUUCACGAAUACGACGAUCGUAUGGUCGAAAAACGAAAGCAAUAUAAAGAUAAAUGUGACAAAGAAAUUCAAAAAAUUAUUUUAAAAGAUAAAUUAGAAAAACAAAUGGCAGAACAGUUAACCACAUUACAAACUGAUAUACAAAGUGACGCUCUUCCCACAUGUAUUUGCGAAAGGUCGAUAGCAGAUAAAGUGGAAAAAAAUUGUAUGAAAUGUACACAAAAUUUGGGAGGUAUUGUUGCACCCUCUUCAGGAGUAUUAGCAGGAAUUGCUGAAGGUGCGCUAUAUGCGUGGAAACCUACGGCACUUAAGGUUGCUAUUGACAAAGCUAUAGCUGCGGGUGCUGCUAUGGGUAAAGCCGCUGGUGAUGCUGCAGGUGCGACUGAAGUAAUUAAGUUAAUGAAAACAACAUUUUAUAUAAACGAAUUAAAUGGUAAGUUAUUGGAAUCGGUUUUUACUGCACAGAAUUAUACUAAUUUUCCAAACCUUCCUCAUGUUAUUUAUAAGCAAUAUAAGACGACCUGUGAUUUGUUCGCCAUUAACACUAGUAGUGAUCCUAUAUGUAAAAUUUCUAAGACAUUUAAUUUUAUUGCAGAGUCUGGUCAAGCACCAGUUUCAGAGGAGGCUGUUAUAGAAGCAAAGGUAACCGAAAUUUUUACAAAAGCUACAGACGUUGCUGCUACUGAAACCACAAAUGUUACUACUACACAAACAACAAUACUUGAAACAGCAAAGAAAGGCGCUAUAGAAACUACUUGUAUGGGUUACCAUACUACUAUUAUUGUUUCUAUUAUUGCAAUAUUAGUUAUAGUUUUGGUUAUGGUGAUAAUAUAUUUAAUUUUGCGAUAUAGACGAAAAAAAAAAAUGAAGAAAAAACUGCAUUAUAUAAAAUUACUAAAAGAAUAA